CCUAAUUUGCAGAAAUGAAAAAGUAAAUUUCAAUUUUUUGCAAAUUCUGCUCUUAAUUGUUCUAUUCAAAUAAUUUUAUAAUCAACACAAACGUUUUCCUACUCCCUCCAGAUAACAUGGACGCACCAAAAAAAAGAGUGUACAUCAGUCUUCCAAAGAAAUUCAUGUCUGCUUUGGGUGAAAACUAUGAACUGGAUCAUGGACUGGUGAUAAAAGGUCUGAACCCGUAUUUGAACGAAGGAUAUAUACAAGCUUACUUUAGAGAAUGGGGCACCGUCACAAGGUGUAAGAUUAGCAAGGGCUCCAACAAGGAGAAUACUAAGGCUGUGGCCUAUGUGAGGUUUUUUUUGGAGGAUGAAGCAGACAGAGCAGACUGGGCCGGUCCUCACUUUAUUGGAGGCAAUGAAGUGGGAGUGAGACGAGUUGUGAGUCCAAAGGUCGAGGAGGAUGAAUCAGAGGCGGAGAUCAUCGCAGCAGCAGCUUCAAAGCCGAGACCACGGCGAUCAAUGGGUCUGGGCUACAUACUGGAAGAUGCUCAGUGGUUAGAUGAUAAAAUGGAAGAAGAAGAAGAAUAAAAAAAAGAACGCAAUCUUUUUUUAUAUACCCAGAGCAGCCUAGAUAGCAUAGCACACUGUUUUCUCACCUGAUUAUGAAGCUCGGGUGUAAACUGCAGUGAUAUAGACCAUAUUAAUCUUAUUUUGCAUAAUAUUUUGAGUUGUUUGUCUACUGUGAAUUGGAAAUGGGGCAGAUGUGUCUGAGGGGCAGAGAGGUUGUCCUCGAACGAAAAAAAUGUCGAUGGUUCGAUCCUCAGUCUUCCCCACCUGCCUCCUGAAGUGUCCUUGGUGCAAAAUACUGAACCACUAAUGGCCCCUCAUAGAUGUUGAUGGUCUAUUUGUAAGUCACUUUGGAUAAAGCAUCUGAAAAUGUCAUCUAAUGUGAUAAAAUAAAGUUAUAGUCAUUAGUAGGGGUAAGAUAUAGAUUAUCAGCAAUAAUGUUGCCAUUGUUGGUGAAUUCAUGAUUUUUGAUACA